AUGUUGACGGUUGAGAAGCAAUGGAUUAAUGUGCAGCAAAAGACCUUCACUAAAUGGCUGAAUGACAAGCUGAAGGCGCGGCGCCUGUCUAUCGACGACUUGGUCACUGACCUCUCCGACGGUGUCAUCCUCAUUCAUCUCCUUGAGAUCCUAGGAGGAGAGUCUCUUGGUCGAUAUGCGUCGAGACCGAAGCUGCGCGUCCAACGAUUCGAAAAUGUGAACAAAAGUCUUGAUUUCAUUAAGGGGAGGAGGAUCCAGAUGACGAAUAUUGGUGCCGAGGAUAUUGUGGAUGGCAAUCAGAAGAUUAUCCUGGGGUUAAUUUGGACCCUGAUUCUGCGAUUUACCAUCAGCGACAUCAAUACAGAAGGUAUGACAGCCAAGGAAGGAUUGUUACUCUGGUGUCAACGAAAGACUGCAUGCUACGAGGAUGUCGAGGUUCGAGACUUCUCAACCAGUUGGAACAAUGGCCUGGCCUUCUGUGCGCUCCUCGAUAUCCACCGACCGGACUUAAUCGAUUAUGACUCGCUGGAUAAGAGCGACCACCGUGGAAACAUGAAGCUGGCCUUCGAGAUCGCUUCCAACGAGAUCGGUAUCCCUGACCUGCUUGAUGUGGACGAUGUCUGUGACGUGCCCAGACCCGACGAACGCUCCCUCAUGACCUACAUUGCCUACUGGUUCCACGCUUUUUCCCAGCUGGAACGAGUCGAGAAUGCUGGACGCCGAGUGGAAAAGUUUGUGAACAAUAUGCACGGUGCCUGGGACAUGCAAAACUCCUAUGAGCGCCGAGUAAAGGAAUUAUUGAGAUUGAUCCGCGGUCAGCGCGAACACUGGAAAAACUCCUCGUUUGAAGGAACAUACAAGGACGCCAAAGAACAAUCGUACCAGUUCUCACUCUACAAGCGGACCGAGAAACGCCAAUGGGUAGCCGAAAAAUCAGAUCUGGCUGCUUUGCUGGGCAAUAUCAAAACCAAAUUGGGUACAUACCGUCUGCGUCCUUAUGACCCACCACAAGAACUGAGUCCAGAAAAUUGCGACAAAGAGUGGGAGAUCCUUACCCGGCACGAACAUGAACGCAGUCAACUUAUAAACGAAACAAUUCGUGACAUCAAAAACAAGCUACGCCGCUCAUUUGCCGACAAGGCCAAUGACUUUGCGCUGACUCUGAAGACUUUGUCAUUGGCGAUUUCCGGGUUAGAUGGUGAUGUGGAGGACCAACUCGAACAUGUCAACAAGUUAAAUGAUAAUUUGCCCCCUCUUGACGCCUUCCUCGAUACCAUUGCAGAACUUGACCAACAGUGCGCCGAGGCCAACAUUGAAGAAAACGACUUCACCACAUACACCCUGGACGAGCUCGCAUAUGAACUGAGCCUCGUCAAAUCCAGCAUUUCAAAGAAGCUGGCUUUCCUCGACAACCAAAUGGUUGCUCGUAAUAUGACUAACCUGACUCCAAUCCAAUUGGAAGAGUUUGAAUCUGUCUUCCGCCAUUUCGAUCGCGAUUCUUCCAACACGCUCCUAGAGCUCGAGUUCUCUGCAGCAUUGGCCAGUCUGGGAUUGGUCUAUGAUGAGGACGAGAUGCACCAGGUCUACAUCGAAGUUUGCGGCGAAGCCCGCUUGUCACAGAAUGCUGGAGUCAGCUUCGAGCAGUUCAUUCGGUUCAUGGUCAGCGUGACAGAGGACCAAAAUACUGCCGAACAGGUCUUCCAGAGUUUCAAGGAAGUUGCCGACGGCAAGCCUUAUGUGACAGAACUUGAUCUCCGACAUUCACUCAUUCCCGACGAAGUGAUUGAGCAUUUGGUCAAGACGAUGCCAGCACACGAUGGACCCGAUCUUCUCGAGGACCGGGAUCUGCCCAAGUACGACUACAUCAGCUUCAUGGAAAAAAUGAGGGAAGUAGGCCGAAAUAAUGAAAAUGAGCAAUAA